GAAAUCACAGCAACACUUCCCUAAGAGAAAAACAUUGGAUUUUAAAACAAUCUCCUCUCUAUUUACCAAUGGCAUCAUUUGUAUGGGAUUAUUUGCUCUGGUUGGGUCCAUCGCUGCUUCUUCUGCUGCUGUAUCUGGCUCUGCGCAGGCCCAGGAUACGUGGUUGGACGAGACUGGCUGUCAGGGCUGCAAGCUGGAGACUCUGGGUCAUUAUUUGCGUGAUCUUGGAGCUGCCGCUAGACAGGAAUAUAAGAGCAUGGACCAGGGAGCCCAAAUCACCAGGGGAAGAUAUUUUGUCUGGGUCAGGUCAGGCCUCAGAUGGUCACAGACUCAUCUGCAAACCCACUGCGCUGGCCAGAUAUCUGCUCCACCACUGUGGCUCUCUGGCCAGGCCGAGGCUGGCCUCCUGGCCCGAGGGAGACCCCCACCUCCAGACUCUUUCCAGCCUGCUAUGUGGACAACAGGGUCACACAUUACAGUUCACUAGAGACAAUCUGUUCCUGAGAGACGGGGGUAUUGUGGCUCUGGACUGGGCGGUGGGAACAAGACUGGAUGAGGUGGUCGGGAGGAGGCGGUGGGAGGGCAGGAAGGAGCAUCAGUCAGGGGGAAAGUCGCUAGGCUGCUUCACGGCGACGCCUCCUGUCCUCCUCCUCAUACCUGAGUCCUGGGGAGGGAUGACCCCCCAUCUAAAAUUGCUGUGCCAUCAGGCCAUGCGACUGGGUUUUUAUGUGGUAGUAUUUCACGCUCGAGGGACAGCGGGAUGCCCGCUGACCACAGCACAACUGACUGAGUUUGGAGACCCAGCUGAUCUUGAGCAGGCGGUGGCUUAUGUCCACAACCGCCACCCAUCCUCUGUAAUGGUUGCAGUGAGCGAGGGUUCAGGCUCGGGGGUUCUUCUUUCCUACUUGGGGGAAUGUGGAUCGAGUUCCUACCUGACGGCGGCUGCAGCCAUCUCACCUGUCCUCCAGGGACAACUGUGGUUCGAAACAGCCAUGCCUUCAAUUUAUCGCUGGGGGGUGUUGUUCCACCGGAAACUGCAGCUCAGUAGAUACGCAAGCUCCUUCAGAGGAGUCCUGGAUGUGGACCGGGCCCUCAGCUGUUCCUCCCUGAGAGACUUGGAGGAAACUCUGUCCUGCUCUUCGGCACAGCUUCAGCCGAGUACCCCGAGCCCUCCAAUAAGCUCUCGAAAGUCACGACCGAGCACUGGAUCUCAUUCCUCACGGGGCCUGGCGCCCUCAGUGGCCUGGUCACUCGGAGAGAGGGCUUACCCAGCCAAGGACUGGGACAACUACUGGGAGAGGAACGAACCACUGAGGGAUGCAGAUGAGGUGGCGGUCCCCGUGCUAUGUAUCCGCAGCCGGGACGAUCCUCUCCUCCCGCCUGCCUCCACCUUGCCCAUUCCCCUUUUCCUGAGCAAUCCUUAUUUCCUUCUGGUGCUGACAGACAGAGGAGGGCACUGUGGGUUCACUCUGGAGGGCAGAGAAGAGAUGGAGGGAGGGAGGGAUGGAAAUGAGGUGGAGGAGAAAGGUAACUGGAGUCAUAUUGCAGUUUUGGAGUACUUCAGAGUAGUGGCUGAUUUCCUGAAAAGGGAGGAGAGGGAUGGGGUGAGCUCGGAUGGUCCGCGAGGAGAAUACAGUCAGGCUGGGCUGAGGAGCAGGACCAGCGACGUGGCUCCCCCUCGUAGGAGGCGAGCCAACAUGAUCAGGAAACAAAGACUGGAGACACCUGAAGAGUGCAGCGCAGAUGCAGAGGAAGAGGAAGAGAACUUCACCUGGACGAGGUCUUACACACGCUGAGGAGGAAGAGAUGGUGAGAGAUGAGAUCUGCAAAAAAAAUAAUUGGACAUUGUCCACAGCUGGAGUUUAGAGAGGAUGAAAGUACUCCUACAAACAACUGGAAAACAAAUCAGCAAAAUAAGGACACUGGACUACUUGGUAAAAUUGAUCCAAGAGGAGACAUGACUUUUGGUAAACCAAGCAAAAAAACAUGGUGUCAGAACAAGUCUUCACUCUUCUUUGAAAAUAAAGAAAGACGAAUCCAGAAAUGUUAAAAAAUAAAGCAAGA